GGAAAAAACAGCAACUUUUUAAAAAUGCAGCAACUGCCAAACUAAACAACGUAAAUAUGUCAGAAACUGUUAUUUGCCAUAACUUUACAACAAAGUUAACGCACAAUAGUUGCCAAUUUUGAUAAAUGAUUCAACUUAUUUUUAAAAAAUACAAUAAAAACUAGAAAAUAUAAACUAAAACACUUUUUAUAAGUAACGUAACGCCAAUGAACUACAUCAACAAAUGCUCAAAAUGAAGAACUCCGCAUAGAUAGUUUGACUGCAUUUGAAAAAUUGUGCUGAGCUUGUGCAAAAAGUGGCAGGAAAAACUUCACAAGUGCAAUUUUUGACGCGUUGCAGUCAAACAAGUUUGAAGCUCUUAAAGAAAAAUCUAAUUGAUUAAAAAAUAUCGACUAACAAAUUUAUUAGGUUGGUAACAUUACAACAAUGCAGAGGAAUUGCAACUAUCCGAAAGCCGUAACACAUACACAAGCAGCGCUGCCAACAAAAGCAACAACGGUGUCUAACAGAGUACAGAAUUGUCGCCGUGUGAAUUUGCUGUUAUUUACAGAAUUGUAUCACAUAACUCUGUUAUGCUAUCUUAUGUUAGUUCCAGUACUGACUACAACAUUUGUCAGUGCUUCAACGUUGGAUAUAUACAAAAAUGCACGUCUAGGUCACCGCAUUGUACAGACACGAUAUGGGCGUUUACAUGGACUGAUAUUGCCGUUAGACAAUUUUAGGUUUUUGCGGUCGGUUGAAGUGUUUCUUGGUGUGCCAUACGCAACACCUCCCACAAAGCAAAACCGAUUUAGUCCAACACGCGCACCAGCACCCUGGGAUGGCAUACGCAUAUCUGAUAAGUACAGUCCUGUGUGCCCGCAGCGUUUGCCAAACAUACAAAACGAAACGGCUGCUUUGGAAAAGAUGCCAAAAGGGCGCUUGGAAUAUUUAAAAAGACUUUUGCCAUUUUUGGAGAAUCAAUCAGAAGACUGUUUGUACUUGAAUAUAUUCUCGCCAAUCAAUGGUAAGUAG